AUGGCCCAGAGCAGACCUCGGAAUCCAUUAUUACAUCGACGCUCGCAGGCUCGACCAGGGGCGCGACGGUCGAUGGUGGCAUGCAAUCGAUGUCGUAACCGCAAGACUCGCUGUGCUGGAACCCCUCCACUGCCCUGUCCAGCUUGUGAGGAAGCAGGCCAGGUGUGUAUGUAUUCUGAAGCUGAAAAAAGAGUGUCUGUUCCGGAGAGUUAUUUGCGACAACUCCAAUCUCAAGCACGCACGCCACGGCAAGAUGACAAUCUCAAUGCCAGCAUUCUAACAUCAUCGUCUCUCCCUGGUUCAACGCAGCCCACACCCAGUACUAACAGCACCAAUGUCGAACGGGACGACUGGUGGUAUGAUGGAACAGACAAUCUAUUCCUAAAUCGAUCAGGCGAGCACCAUUUCGUGGGAGCAUCGUCGGCCACCCACCUGGCCAAACGGUUGAAUCCGUCGUCGACCAAUCUUGCCUGGGAUGUGCGUCCGCUUUACGACGACCCUUCGUCGCUGCGUCGUUCUGUGACUCGGGUACUGCCUCAGCUGCCACCGUACGAUUUUGCUAAGCGUCUUUUCUGGGUUCAGUAUGCUUACAUUGGGACCAUUUUCUCGUUAAUUCACCCACAAGACUUUGAGGAGCGAUUGAAUACUGUCUACAAUCAGCCCGCGGAAUUUUCAAACAGAGAGUCCUGCUUAAUGUACUGCCAGGUCUUGCUGGUCAUUGCAUUCGGGCUCAUGUACUCGGUGAACCAGUGGUCUGGCGAUGACGGCCCUCCGGGUUUCAAGUAUUUCAAACAUGCCCUGCGUUUUCUACCGGAUAUUCACGAGGAAGGCUCGAUUUUCUUCGUGGACGUGCUGUGUUAUGUUGCCUACUACAUGCAGAAUCUCAAUCGACGUGAUGCUGCAUUUCUUUAUAUCGGUCUUGCCUUACGGAUGGCUAUCUCGCUGGGCCUUCACCAGGAGGUUUCUGACCAAACUAUCAGUCAAAAUGAACGAGAUCGCCGUCGACGGGCGUGGUGGUCGGUCUACAGCUUGGAUCGAAUGCUCUCUGUCAAGUCGGGAAAUCCAAUUACAAUCCAUGACGAGGACAUUGGAACUGCAUGGCCACCUGUGGAAGCGCCUGUAGAUGUUCCUUGGCCGUCAGUCGUGCUUAUGCAUUAUACCAAACUGUCAAGAAUCCUAGGUAGAAUCGGAGAAGAGAUCUAUCGCAAGAAACCUCGAUCUGGAUCAAAUUUAUUGGCAUCUGUACAGAGCAUCACGAAUGCUCUAUCCGACUGGCUGCGACACGUGCCGGACCAACUUCGUAUUGACUUCUCUAACCUUGAUGGCCCUAUUAGUCGCGAAUGCGUGUCAAUCAGUUUGCACUUUUACUCGUGUAUCAAUAUGACAGCAAGGCCGCUGGUGUUCUAUGUCAUACAACGUCGACUGGAUACAGAGGCCCGAGAGUUUGCAACAGAAGAUUGGAAAGACGGACUAUCUCAAAAUUCUGCUGCAGUGAUCGAUAGUUGUAUAAGAGCCGCUCGCGCUACCACCCUAAUCAUGGAUGCUGCUGCAAAGCAGAAUUUGAUCGCGACAUAUGGAUAUCUGGAUGGUGAGUACGCGUUUUCCGCCGCCCUUCUGCUGGUUAUGGUCAACGCAGCCUUCCCACACAAUGAAACCAAUUCUCGGGCAAUGGAAAUGGCAUUGGAUCUUCUACGUGGAAUGGCUGACCGUGGCAACACCUAUCUCCGUUCCCGACAUUCCUUACUCCUGGAACUUCAGUCCGCCAUGGGACCCAAGGCAUCCAAACGAGGGGAGCCAGCCAUGGCCGCACCUGCCACGCCCAGCAGCUCCCAGCCACAGAGUCCUCCUGUCGCGCCAAUUGAGGAGAGUUCGAUUGUUACGCCAAUGGAAUGGCCAUUGGAGCAGGAUAUACCUUCCAUUCAUGAUAUUUCGUUUAAUUUCGAUAUCAACGAUGACCCGGGGUUAUGGGACGAGGUCCUUGGUCAAAUAGACAUUGAUAUGGACACGGACUGGAUUGAGAAUACUUUACGACGGUAG